AUGGCUCCAGAAGCCAAAGGCGCAAAAGAUGCUGCCAAGUCUGCCAAAAGAGACACCAAGGGCGGCACCAUCAAGCUGAAAAAACAACCCCCCAAACAUAACAAACCCGGCAACUGGCGCGACGGUAGUGUCGUUGAGGACGAAAAGAAGAAGAGUGUCGGCUCGCCCACCUCUGCCGCCUCGCCUGGACCAGUCGUGAAUCAACUCGACGAUGAUGCCCGCGAGGCUUUUGCGACUGGCCGACCCCUCGAAGACUCGCCCGAUCUGCAACAAUGCAAGCACUGCAAGAAGAGCAUUCUCAAGACAGCGACCAAGGCGCAUAUUGCCGCAUGCCUUAAGGUGAAGAAGGAAAAGGCUCAGCGCAAAAAGGAGGCUAGGGAAGCCCGUGAGCGAGCCAAGGAGGCUGCGCGCGAAGAAGAGGCUCGCAAGGCCGAUGACAAGGACGAUGACGAUAGCGACGAUGAUGACGACAAAAAGGGCACAAAAAAAGCCGGCAAGAAGCUUGAAGAAAGCAAGGGCAAGAAGCGCAAAGCCGACGGCGAGCCUGAGAAGGCGCCCAAAAGCAAAAAGAAGAAGGAUGAACCCAAAGCCAAAGUGCCCAAACCAAAGGGGCCUGUCGACGUGGAGCGGCAAUGUGGUGUCAUUUUGCCGAACGGGCAGCCAUGCGCGCGUUCACUUACCUGCAAAAGUCAUUCGAUGGGCGCCAAGCGUGCAGUCGCAGGUCGUUCGCUGCCGUAUGACAUGCUCCUAGCCGCGUAUCAAAAGAAGAAUCAAGCAAAGCAGCAGAAGGCUGCUUUGGAUGCCAACGCCCCUGUUCCGGACGAGGACGAAGAUAACCAGGGCCCCGUCGAUUCAGACGAGGAAACUGGCGCCGUCAUGGCCGCCCUCAGCACUUGGAAGCCCAAGCCUCUCGUUCCUCAGCCCAUUUUUGCCCCUAUCAAGCGGCAGUACCAGCUCGCGCGUCUCCACGAGCAGCUUCAGAUGGCCACUAACGGCGGUCGGACCAAUAUCUUUCAAGUCAUUGGCUACGGUGCGCAGAGGCUGCCUGAGGGCCAUCCGGGGUUGGAGGACGGCGAUGCGGAGGGAGAGGAUGUGGGAGCUAUGAGCUUCCCGACGUCGGCGAGGUCAGGGUCGUUUGCGAUUCCGGCAACGCCUUCGCGUCCGACGCCUACAGCAGCGAGGGGCUGA